UCAGAAGGACACACGAAUGUGCACACACACACACUGUUCUAUUUGCCAUCGGGUCACUUCGGUUGUGUUUUAUCUGACCGGAAGCGAAAGGCAUGGCCGUGUCUUCCCUGAUCUGCUCUGAAACUAUAAGCAGGGUGAGCUCUGUCCUCAACCGAGAGGUGAAGCAAUUUGGAAAGAAGUACAUGUUUGACGGAAAUGAGGAAACUAGUUGGAGCUCAGACCAGGGUGCCAUCCAGUGGCUGACAAUGGAAUUUCCUCAGACUGUCCAGGCGUCUCAAAUUCAAAUUCAAUUCCAGGGGGGAUUUGCAAGCCGAAAAUGCAUCCUCCAAGGAGGACGGAAAGGAGAAAACCUCUCCACUGUUGCCGAAGUCUACCCUGAAGAUAACAAUUCUCUCCAGA